AUUGCCAUGCCACUUCAAGGGUUAAUUCGGUUGGCUGUCAAAGCUCGCGCCUGACCCCAUGCACAACCAAAGCCGGGAGGAAAACAAAGCUCGCACGCACGUUGUUUACGUUUACAGGAUGAAAUUUACGCUAAGCACCGUUACCAAAUGUUCCGGACGGUUGGGUGUCCUUGGGGGCCUGGACCGCCUGCCCAAUCUGUCCCUGCAAACGCCGGCCUUUAUUUUCCACACCAAGGGUGGCAGCAUUCCUCACCUAAGCAAGGAGGCCAUGCAGCACGUUUCCGGUGACCCGUCCUGCUUUCUGCAUCUGAGCAUCUCCAACACGCUGCACAUGCAGGAAGCGAUCAAAGCAAGCCGCAUAACGAUCGCCGAAUUUAUCGCGCAAAGCAACUGUGCCACGCUGCUGUUUGUGCGCGAUCCAAGCGAACCGCCCAUACCGGGACUGCCAGAGAAGGACUCGUUGCCUAUCUACACGCGCAACGGUAGGAGAAACAUUACCCUAGAGCAGUACAUGACGCUGGUGGAAACGUUCCGGCCCGACGCGUACGUCCCGCUGUACGAUGGCGAUACAGACGCGAGCAGUUCGAAAAAGCGCGACCAAAAGUCACUCGACCGAACGGAAAAGUUUGUCGAGCAGUGCUUGGAAUGGCACAGGAAGUCGGACGCACUGCAAUCAUCCUGCCUGAUCGGUCCCGUCGUCGGUGGCUACAACGAGAAGCUGCGCGAACAGUCGGUUGCAUUUCUGCGCCAAUCCGAUGACGCGUUUGCAGGAUACUUAAUCGAGGGAUUGCACAUGCACGGCCCGUCGGUGGCACGGAUGGAUGGGUCAGCGGCGCUGGGCAUCGUAGCCAACGUUUGCAAGCAGCUGCCGGAGGCGAAGGUCCGCCUCUGCUUCGGUUCGUACGAUCCAGCCCUGGUGCUGGAGAUGGUUGCCGCCGGUGUGGACGUGUUUGACACGAGCUACGUUUACCUGAAAGCUGCCCAGGAGCAUCGUGCGUUGGUGUUUUCGUUCGACGUUACCUCGACGGAGCAGGAGCACGUGACCGAGCUGGAUACGACCGAUGCGCGAUGGGCGGAAGAUUUUGGACCGCUACUGCCCGGCUGCAAGUGCUACACGUGUCAGAAACAUUCCCGCGCCUACGUGCACCAUCUGCACAAUACGCGCGAAAUGCUGGGCCCGAUUCUGCUAAUGAUGCACAAUCUACAUCACUACGUGGAGUUUUUCAAAGCGAUACGGCACCACGUUGCCAACGACAGCUUACCUGAGUUGAGGAACCAUCUCGCCGGCCAGAAGUCGCUGCCACCGUACGAACCGCCGAAGGAAGAAAAACUGCCAAUGCCGGCAGCGCAAAAGGCAGAACUGAUGGAACCGAUGGAGGAUUUGGGAGAAAAACAGAACAAGAAACAGCGUGCUUAGAAACACUCCAAUGCCUACUGUAUUGCUUUCGUUGAUAGUGGAUACAUUAACCGCACAGUAUGAAGGGCAAUGAGUAAGCAUAAACUUCACAGUGAGUGAGGGAGAAAAAUAGCUCCUCUCGCCACAUUUUGCGUAUCCAAUCCUUUUCUUUCGAUUAGGAGAAAGUAAAUUAAAAACAAAUAAACAAAACCACACAUUUCUUUUAGGGAAUAUCUAUCUCUAAACAUAUAUUGAA